CGCGUAUUUGACUUUGUCCCGGAAACAAACCUAAGACAGAACGUUGACCUAACAAGGUCGCCUGUGAGCAGUUUUCAGGAUAGUAGCUUGCACUUAUGUUUACAACUCUGAUGGUGGAAGUGUCUUUGUGUCGAAAUCAGUUGUUUACAACACUCAGAUUAUGAACAUGCGAACUCCACCUGCAUUGAUUGAAGAGGAGGACAAGGAGGAGGUGAACAACAACACUGGUGGUGGCAACGAGGUUGACUUCUCGGAGUACCUGUGGAUGGCUGAUGUGGAGCUCGAUGACUUUGACAGACAGUUUGAGGAGGAGUUGCUUGAGGAGGCAUUCAUUGAAGCAUGUUUCGAAGAGAUGCUUGCCGAGGAGGAGGCAGCACAAUGGUGUUUGUUUAACCAAAACGGUUCUGAGGGGUCAGGUACUGAUGUCUCAACGGUUGAGGAUGCAUUCAAGACCCUUGAAGUAAUAGACACCAGCAAACCCAAAGAAGAGGUAGUUAUCAACAGCAAAUUAAACCCGGAGGCGCCAGAGUUUGUCCCACGAUACCUGAAAUUGUGAUGAAGGUAGCGCCAAGUGUGUAUGUGUCCAAGUGUCAUGUUGUCCCAUAAUGAGUGCACUUGCACUGGCCACAUGUGCAGCGCGACUGUGGUGCAAGUUUGUCUCCGGACUGAGUUUGCGGACUAGAUGGCUUGCUGGUGCAAGCAAUACGCCAUGUGCUAUUGGAUGUGUGGUUGUUGAAGGGAUCCAUUUUCCACUGCCACAGAUGAAGCUAUGAUUAGGGUGUUGUUCCGUUAACAAAAGGUUUUGUUCAUAUUAUCAUACUGUCUGUCAAGGUUUUCCUGGUUCCAGGUUUUUAUGAAAAUAACAAUUUCAUUGUGAUGGUUUCAUGUUUCAGCUUUUAAUAACAACAAUACUUCUUCUGAGCAUGCUGAAAACUGCAGUAUUGUUCUGUCAAAACUGCUUGUUUGAGAAGCACAGGGUUAAGUUGUUUGUCUUCUGUUCGUAGUCCUUUUAAUACUGUAAAUCAUGGCAGAGUAUUUGACCAAAUUUGUUGAUAUGUUUCCAGAUCUCUAUGUUGAAAAGACAAAAUAAAAUGUUUUUUAUUUUGUUACA